AUGGCUGGCAUCGGCGACGAUGCACGCCCCGAUUAUACAACCUGGAGCAGUUCCAGCCUGAUCGAUCGAAUCUCCGAGCUCGAGCGGCAACUGCAUGCCCAGGCUGCGCAGUACAAUGCGCCGACCACGGCAGCAUCCGAAGCGACACCCACCGCACCCAUCUCGAUCGACGUCCACGAACCUGCAAUUCCUCUCGCCGAGCCUUCGGUUCAGCCCUCAAAGAAGCGUGCCUUCUCGCCGGGAGGCGAUAUCACUCAUACCCCUGCUCCUUCGCGAGGCGCGAAGCAGGACCGUGGUUUCGAUCCAUCCAAAUACUCGACUCGAUUCAUUGCUCUCAAGUUUGCGUAUCUGGGUCAGAAGUACAAUGGCCUCGAGCACACGAAUGGGAACGCUACGCCUCUUCCUACGAUUGAGGAGGUGUUGUGGAAGGCAAUGCGCCGGACACGGCUGAUCACCCCCGAGACAUCUUCGGAGGACGAGCCAAACGAUGUUGAACCGAGAGUAAUGCGGCCCUAUUCGAUCUACUGGGAUGGAUGUGAUUACUCAAAGGCAGGAAGAACGGAUCGCGGUGUGAGCGCAUUUGGCCAGGUCAUUGGAGUUCGAGUCCGCAGUGCACGGCCAAAGCCCAAGCCCAAGGCCGCUUCGGAACAAGAUGGCGAUGCGAUGCAGAUCGAGGAAGCGUCCUUGAACAAGGACUGGGAUGAUGUGGCUGAUGAAUUGAAUUACAUACAACUCCUGAACAGGGUCCUGCCCGAGGAUAUCCGUGUCCUGGCCUGGUGCCCCAACCCACCGCCUGGUUUCGAUGCUCGCUUUUCCUGCCGUGAGCGCCGAUACCGAUACUUCUUCACUCAGCCUGCAUUCUCUCCUACUCCCGGUGCCUUCGGCUUCGCGGACCGCACGGGCAAAGCCAAUGGCCCGCGUAGCAAAUUCCGCGAGGGCUGGCUGGAUAUUGAUGCUAUGCGGGAAGCUGCCAAGCACUUCGAGGGAGUUCACGAUUUCCGAAACUUUUGUAAACUGGAUACCAGCAAGCAAAUUGAGAACUUUGAGCGGAUCAUCUAUCAUUCCGAUAUUGAAUUCGUGAACCCGAGGUCGAACCCAUUGGGUUAUAUCGGUCGACCUGGAUUUCAGGCGACAGAGGACCACAUUCCCGAUGGGGAUAUGGUGACUUCUGAAAACCCCUCUUACUCCACACCCCAAGUCUAUUCAUUCACCCUGCAUGGCUCUGCCUUCCUGUGGCACCAGGUCCGCCAUAUGGUCGCAAUUCUGUUCCUGGUCGGACAAGGGCUUGAAUCUCCGUCAAUAGUCGCCGAGUUACUGGAUAUUGCCAAGAAUCCGCGGAAGCCAACAUACGAGAUGGCAUCCGACGCCCCUCUGGUUCUGUGGGACUGCAUUUUCCCCGAUGAGAGCUCUGGCAGCCGGGAAGAUUCUCUGAAUUGGGUCUUUGCCGGAGAUCCCCGCCUGAACAAGAACCAAAGUGCUAAAGGUGACAGCAAAUUUGGGAUGAAAGGCGUGGUGGAUGGGCUAUGGUCUGUUUGGAGACAGCGCAAGAUUGAUGAAAUUCUGGCCGGCGCAUUGCUGGAUUUGACGGUCAGUCAAGGUGAUCAGACCCACGUCCAGAACCUGGAGGGAAAGCAGGGCGCGGGUAAGAAGCAGAGCAGGGGUGUCAAAGUCUGGCUUGGAGCAGAUGAGGCUCGCCUCGGCGGAAAAUAUGUCUCCGUUUCGGACAAGACCAGAACUGACCCAGUGGAGGUCCAGAACGCCAGGUGGCUGGUGUCAAAAGAGCGCAAAGUGGCCGCAAAGGAGCAGGAGGCUGCGUCCAAAAACCGGGCUGCUUGA